UCCACCACCAAAUAUCUAUCUGCUUUCUGAACCAUGUCGCUGAGCCCAAAGCACACGACACCUUUCUCAGUGACAGAUAUUUUGAGCCCAAUUGAGGAGACUUACAAGAAGUUUAGUGGCAUGGAGAGCACUGGAAACCUCACAUCUCCAUUGGGAGCGUACCGGCAACCUCAGGUGUCCCAGACUGGCAUGCAACAACACUCCAUGGGCCACAACGCCACUGUGGCGACCACCUACCACAUGCCACACUCGGUUUCCCAGUUCUCGCACAGUGCAAUGGGGGGCUACUGCAAUGGCAGCAUUGCCAACAUGGGGGACCUACCCUCUUACCAAGAAACUAUGAGAAACAGCGCAGCUGCAACAGGGUGGUACGGCGCCAAUCCAGACCCUAGAUACUCAACAAUUUCUAGAUUCAUGGGACCUUCCACAGGUAUGAACAUGACAGGAAUGGGCACGCUGACAGGCAUGGCCGACACCACCAAAUCCAUCCCACCUCUACACGCAGCGCCAAGGAGGAAACGACGGGUGCUCUUCUCUCAAGCACAAGUAUACGAGUUGGAAAGGAGAUUUAAGCAGCAGAAAUACCUUUCGGCGCCAGAAAGGGAACACCUGGCUAGCAUGAUACAUCUCACCCCGACGCAGGUCAAGAUCUGGUUUCAGAAUCAUCGCUACAAGAUGAAGCGACAGGCCAAGGACAAAGCAGCGCAGCAGCUUCAACAGGAGGGCAACCUGUGUCAACAGCAGCAGUCGCCGAGGAGAGUGGCUGUCCCUGUCUUAGUGAAGGAUGGCAAGCCUUGCCAAAACGGCUCCAACACGCCGACGCCAAACCAACAGCAAAUGCAGCAGCAGCAGAACGGAGCAGGGGUCGUUCUUCCUACCUCGAGUAAUUCUAUGAACCAACACCAAAGCCAGCAGGUCAACGCACUGGUCCAGGCCCAAGACCUGGAGGAAAUGUCCCCUAGUCCGCCGUCACUUCAUUCGCAGAUGAACAGCAUGGGCCAGAUAGACUCUUCUGUAGAUUACACAAAUAAUAUGGUCACGUCAAAUCUGCUUUAUGGCAGAACGUGGUAGGAUACCCGCUUUAAAAUUCCACUUUAAAAUUCCCCGAAUUGAGAACUGCGCUUGAGGCCAAAAGCAGACACGCCGUGUACCCGCGCGAAGAUUUAAAGCGGGUGUUCGGAUCAAAGGAGUAGUUUUUUUGGGGGGGAGAAAUUUGUCACUUUUUUCUCUAAAAACAAUUUUUGUGGUCACAAUUUUCUACGAUGGCCCUUCUACUCAUUAUGGACAAAAUAAUUUCUAGCCUCAUGCUGUAUGUUUUGGACUUCCUUUUGUUGUUAUAGUAGAAGGUUGUCUGUUGUUAAACAAUUGCUGCUCCACUUCUAUGGCAAUGCCAGGACACGGGAAGCAAUGUUUCAUAUUCCAGGUAUGAACUCCUACAGAGAACUGAAAAAGUUCC